CAAAGCAGUAAAAACUGGCAUUGAUAUAGGAGGAAAUAUAAUAAACCUUACAGCUUGAGAAAUUUUCAGUGCGGUUUACGAUAGGAUACACAAAAUAAAUAAAUUAACAGCUAGGUAAAGUAAUCAAAGAUUUGAUAACACCAUUUAAUUUUGAAUUUUGAAUAAAACGUUGAGUCUCCUUUGAUUUGAUUUAAUUGCAUCAAUCUCUUCAUCAAUAAAAAUUAAUAUUGAUUUUACAGAAAGACUCCCAUUCCCAAACUCAUCUCUAUCAAUUUAUGAUUCGACAAUGGAGAUCACUCUUACAUCGGUGAUCAAUUCUGCAUGCAUCCGAGACCGAUCCUGCAUCCAAUUCUCCAGUAUAACUGUUGGGUAGCUAGUAGUAGAUGAUUUUUUCAACAGAAACACGAAAUGAUAGAUCUUCGUAGGCAUAGACAGCAUGUGGAUUGUCAGCUUAACCAAGUCGGCUUUCUCCGGCAGCUCCAAUGCAAGUUCUAAGGUAACCUCAACUUCCCCCACUGAAGGCAGUUCAUUUGGAUUUAGAUAUACACAAUUGAGAGCGAUCUCCACAUAUUCUAUCAAACACACCGGGGCUAUCUUCCCUUUCAGAAAUGGAUCAAUCAUAUCAUGAACAGAGCCGUUUUUGAUGCAGUCAAUGAUCAAGGAAAUCAAAUCCCCUCCUGCUAUGAAGCCUUUUAACUUUCUACCACACAAUACUUCCAACAGAACAAUACCUAGUGAGUACACAUAAAGUUUUUCACUGCUUCACCAUACCUUCCUUACUCAUAGCCAUAUACCCAAAUGUACCUUAGUAUGGAAAGUAUGGUGAAUUCAGUGAAAAACUUGAUGUGUACUCAGUAGGUAUUGUUCUGUUGGAAGUAUUGUGUGGUAGAAAGUUAAAAGGCUUCAUAGCAGGAGGGGAUUUGAUUUCCUUGAUCAUUGACUGCAUCAAAAACGGCUGUGUUCAUGAUAUGAUCGAUCCAUUUCUGAAAGGGAAGAUAGCACCGGUGUGUUUGAUAGAAUAUAUGGAGAUCGCUCUCAAUUGUGUAUAUCUAAAUCCAAUUGAACGGCCUUCAAUGGGAGAAGUUGAGGUUACCUUAGAACUUGCAUUGGAGCUGCAGGAGAAAGCCGACUUGGUUAUCAAGGCUAAAUCCACGUGCUGGCUUCUGCCUCGGGGUCAACCAUCCUUCUACCACACAAUACUUCCAACAGAACAAUACCUAGUGAGUGUACGUCAGCUUUUUCGCUGAGUUCACCACGAAAACACUCUGAAGCGAUAUGGCCACUGGUACCUGCUAUAUCUGUCCGUUUUGUCAAAGCGUUGGGCUUAGGUUUUGAGAUGCUAGAGGGACCAAUCCUGGAUAACCCAAACUCUGAA